GCGUGGCGGAAAGCUCAGCGUAACUUCACCUGUGGCCCCAAGCGCAGAGAGCUAGAAAUGGAAGAGUUGUUUCAGACACGAAGCGAGAGGAGGGAACGAGGGUGUGGUUGGUGUAGUCGACGCGGGGUACAAGUAUUUUUCUGCCUCCUACUCCUCGAUUGCUGCCGUUGCUCACCCAGCACCUGCGAGAACGCUGUGUGUCCCUCUCCCCCCACCAUGACCACUGGACUCGUACAAACUGUUGAGUGGCAGCAGGGUGUAAGUCCGAGCCUCUUCUCCCUUACUCCCACCUCCUCUCCCCCCACUAUGACCACUGGACUCACACAAACAGUUGAGCGGCAGCAGGGUAAGUCUCAGUGUGCAGUAGUACAACAGCAAACCCCUAUGUACCUACUGUAUCUCCUACACAUAGUCCUCUUAUUGCAUUGCAGCUGCACUACAGGUACAUAUAGCUGGAGAAACAUGUAUUUACAAUUUUAUUUUGCAGGUGUACACUUGCACUUCAUAUUUGAUUUUUGCAGCAUCCUCCAUUACUACUGAUGGCCCUACAGUUCACAUUAGUCAGAGCGAGAUGACUCAAGUAGUUACUAUGAUUG